AUGAGUAAAGUGAGAGGACAGUCAGGAGUCCCCUGAGCAAAGGUCUGAUCAUGUGACACAAUUGAGUGAGUGGCAGAUAAUGAAUGAGAAGCAGUAGGUCAGUUUCCCUCACUCACACCAUAUUCAGCGCUUUAGUAACAAGGGAGCAAGGCAUGCUGGGAGGUACGGACUGAAGCCAGCGGGGGAGAGAGGGAAGAACGUGGGAGGUCCCUUUGUACAGGCCGGAAGCUGCAGCUCUAUGAAGCAGUGCCUGAUGGGAAUUCUCAUUCGACGGAGCGGAGCAUGCUGGGUUAUUUAGUUCCAGCCUACUGACUGUGAAUAGGGCAAGGAAUGGGGAUUCCUUUGUUUAACUACAAAACCCAUAAUGCAUUGCUGCCUGGUACUGAACACCUGGGGAUUUGAGGGAUUUGAGCUGCUGAAACACAGAAACGCAACGAUUAAAAUACGAGACGACAGUCCCAGGUAUUGGCGACUCCUCCAACUUUGCGGUGUCCCAUAGAUAGAAAAACAAGAGCGUUUCUUGGGACAACUCCACCAUUUCCACAUUUCAUUUUCCAAUCUGUAACAAUGAAUUGAGCCGUCGGAUAAUUUAAUUGAAGGAUUGGUGAUUUACUAUUUAAUCAUUUAUCAGCACGAGCCACUUUAUAAUUAAGGACUGAAGUCCAAGGGAUUAUCAGUUUAUUUCAGCACAUUUCAGCACACGCACCUCAGAUACACCAAUUCAUUGAAAGAGGGGAAUUAAUUGCACAAAUCAUUGGGAAUUUGGAUUAACAACCAUUAGCACAAGUUACUUUAAAUCUAAGGACUGAAGUCCAAUCAAUUAUUUCUAUAUUUCAGCACUUGCCCUUUACAUUUUUUAGCUUUUGGAAAGAGUUUGAAUUAAUUGUAUCAAUUCAAUCAGAUUAAUUACCGAUAAUAAGGAUAAUCACUUUGGGUUGUUUUGGGGAUAUAUUAGUACAAUAUACAGAGUCUAAUCACACAGGACUAUAAAGUCUUGAUAUCUAAUUAAGUAAUUAAAUGUUAAUUAAUCGAUUAAUAAGGGGUUCUUUUUCUUUACAUGACACAAAUCACAACUGAUACACGUCAGACCCUGGUUUUAAUUAAGACUAUUGAAAGGUGAUAUUGCAGAUCUAAUUUGCAGCAAUUAGCGUUGCCUUAAUCACAGUUUUCUCUCUUUUUCUGUAACCUAGAGACAGUGAGGGGGUUAGAGAGGUACUUCCAGUAACACAUGGGGAUAUACAAGUACAUAGACACAGGCUGAGGGGGAGUAAGAGGAGUCUGUGGAGGAUGGAGCAGAACUUCCUGUUCCUGGGGGCACUGGGUAAUUACCUUUCUGCCCCAGAGAGCUCAGUGAAGAGAGAAGAGAUGGGAGACCAGAGUCAGGGGAUAAAGUGUGAGCGAAACGUUCCAGACAACACAACUGAUGCCCCCCCAACCAUUAUAGUAAAGAUUGAAGAAGAUGGGGAGUCGUAUGGGUGGUCCCCGAAACUGAAUGGUGAGCGAGAAGCAGCUACAGUGCCACCUCUCCAGCAGCAGCAGCAGCAAUCGGCCACUGAGAAUAUGGUGACCUACAUGGAUGAGUCCCAGGCCCAGCAGCAGGCGGAGCGUGAGAGGCAGCGCAAGGCUCGCUUCUCUGAAGAGGAAAAUGAUGUUCUCAUUAACAGUAUUCUUCCUCAUUAUGAUAAACUGUUUGGCAAACUGGCCGCACGGACCUCAACCGCAGUGAAGAACGCCCUGUGGAGGGAAAUUGCUGCUGCCGUCAAUGCCAUCUCUGCCUACCCACGCUCACUGCAGAACUGUAAGAAACGAUAUGCCGACGUGAAGAGAAAAGUCAAGGAGAAGCUGUGCAAGAUUGCCAAACACCGGCGGGCCACGGGCGACAGGGUUCCACUCAGCAUCUCCUUCUGGCCAUACGAGCGCAUCAUGGAGAAGAUUAUCUCUGCUGAAGUAGCAGCCGGAGUCCUCGGUGCCACUGAUUCUGGUAGAAUGGCUGAGCCCAAUGCAGCAGGACCAUCAGAUGUUGAUGCUGGUUCUGAGUAUUUUCCUGAUGUCCACAAUGGAAGUGAAUCGGCAAGGUCUGAGAUAGAAGAUUCCCAGAUGCCCAUUCAUCAUUUCCCUGCGGACAAGGAGGACCACGGUAUAUCAAACAUGGAAGGAGGCAUGCCUGAUCCUCAAAAAGAAAUAGUUCAAGAGGAACAUUUAAGAGAGAGAAGGCCGAAUGCAUGUAGAGUUGAUCCAAGCCAAAGGUCCAGAGAGUUGUGGAGCACUAGACAUCAUCAUUCCAUGAAAGAUCACACGACUCUCAUCUAUGCUGAGCAAAGUCAUUUCCGACGGACCAUGGCAAAGAAGUUGGACAUCCUGAAUAACAAUGUUAAGGCACUAAACAAGAACGUUAAGGCCUUCCAGAAUUCCUUCAACCAAAGCAUCAUGGCCUUGUCUCAGUCUAUGCAACAGCAGAACUCCAUCUUUGAGAAGCUCUCCUCCAACCUGCUGCUGAUGGCCCAACAACAGCAACAACAUAAUCAACUAUGCACCAGUGCCAUAAAGCAACUAUUCCAGAUCUUUCCAUCUUCCAGAGACUCCCUGUCACUAUCAGUGCCCAAUGAGAUGCCUAGUGACGCCACUAGUGAAAUGCAGACACUGAAAGAACCAUGUGCACAUGGACUUGAGCUUACAGAAUCUAGGAGGCCUUCAAGUCCAUCAGGUGAAGCACCGAAGAGAAGGCGCCAUUAAAAUAUGGAGACGUUGUUAUCAUAUGUAGCAUUCCACAACUAACUAGUCAUAUCUAAGCACUAACUAGCUCUGGUUUCAGACAGGUACACCUAACAUUUUAUAAAGAAAGGAGGAAAAGUUCAGUUUCAGUUGACUAGAUCUUUUGCAAGUUUUUUACAUAUAUAAUGCAAGCAGUGCUGGGUGGGACCUCAUAGGGUCCACCAUAGACUUGUCCACAUCCAGGCUCUUCUCACAAUCAUUAGAUGUACAACAUGAUACAUGGGCUGGAUGUUCCAUGUCUGUAUGGUGUACAGAGGGGGCCCAUUUCGGGGUACCCUGACUGUGAACUGGUUAAGCACUGUAUCAUUAAUAAAUUACCUGAUGAUAA